AUGAUUGUAUCUUUGUACCGUCCGUCGCCCCAAGUUCCAAACCCGUCGCCAGCGGCAGCCCUGCGCUGCUAUGAUUCAUCUGCCUAUGUGACAAACCUUGGCAGCCAGCAGGUCAAGAAGGCCGCCAUCGACAUUACUUGGGUCUUCCUGCUCACAAUUUACAUGUCUUUGAAUACCAUCCUCUGGUCUGUGUCGUAUCCUGAAGUCAGGGGAAAGCAUCCCCGCGAGGAGAUCGAAGAGCUCAUCAACACUUCACUGGAUAUUGUUGAUCAGUGCUCGGAGCGCUGGCCCGGUGCCUCCGCCGCCUCUCAACUCUACUCGAUCUUUGCCAAAGCCUGCCUCCAGAGUUACGACACCCCUGAUGAACAGCAGCAGCAGCAGCAGCAACAUCAACUACAACAGCAACAGCAACACGGUCCGCCGGUGUUUAAUACAACGCAAUACGGUGGACCUGAAGGAUCAUAUCACUCACCGUCAUCAGACGUCGACCCGAGUUCGCCAAUCGCUUCCGGAGUUGUGCCGCUGCCGCCUAAUGGAUCUGCAAACGUCAAGCAAGAGCAACUUCAGCAGCAACAGGCCCCGAUUUUUAGCACUCCGCAAUUCGGAUAUAUCUUCAAUUCCACGGAACCAGCACCGCAAGCCUCCUACACGUAUGACGAAGGACCGGGCGCCGGUCAACCUCAGUUCCGUUCAGGUUCCAUCUUCCUGAACCCAGCAUCUACGGAACCGAUGGGCCGUCGAUUUUCGUAUUUCCCGCCUGAAGGACCGCCCCCAUUGACCAACAGCGACAGUUCGCUCCAAAGCGAAGAAUUGCCGCAGCCAACGAUCGUUCCUGCACUGUCGCCGGCUAUGAUCACGUCCCCUGAAUCGUACAUUACGCCGCCCAGCACGAAUAAGUUCACCACCACGUCUCCUUCAACAACCAUAACGGCAGCCUCGUCGCCGACACCCACACCCACAGUUCGGCACAUUAGCCCUCUGCCCGUGGGCCUGGGUCUCUCACAGGGUGUGCCACUACCGGUUCCCAUCAAGUUUGAGUCGACCCCCACCGGUACACCUCAAACGCAGCAAGCUCAGCUCAACCAGAGGCGCACGCCUCCUCAACCCAUCUCUGUCCCGCCUAUGCAGCCCAUGCAGCCUGCAUAUACCAUACAGCCACAGCAGCAACAGCAACGGCCCCCUUCGCAAAAACAGCCGAUGCUGCACCAACCACGUCAGGCACCGCAGCAACUACCACUGCCCGCUCCCUUGGAGCGGAAUGAGCAAACAUCCGCGACGGGUGGCGAUUGGUUCUCGGCACAGCCUCCGUUCAUUUCACCGUAUGCGUUCAGUACCAUCACAGGGGCCGCUGGCGGCUACAUGGGGGACCCCACAGCAGCCUUUUCUGGCUACGGCCUCGGCGGCUUUGGAGGUGUUACCAACCCUCUUAGUCCGUUGACUGGGAUCUACGGUGGCGCGCCCGCUGGCUUGGGCGCCGGAGGGACUGGCAUUGGCGGCUUGCCAACUAGCCAGCCUGGUUAUGCUGGCAACCUCGGCAUAGCAGGAGGUGCCGGGGGUGCAGGGUCGGACGGUGGCAUGAAUGAGGCCUUUGGGUUCGGUGCUGGUGGUCCGGUGAACCCGCAGCGGCAAGGCAGUCUUUCGCACGAGCAGCAAAUGGAGCUCAUGGACGUGCUGGAGACGGAAGGCAUGGGCGACAUUGACACGUUCUUGAAUAUGGGCAUUGGUUUGGGCGGUGUGAGCGGCGAGGCUCCCCAAGUAGUCAACUGGCAGUGA